CUCUUGGAAUGAUUUUGGAUCACAAUUUUGAUUCUAUGAUCAUCUUGCUAUAGGGUAUUGAUCUUGCUUUUAUGUUCUUCAAAUAGGCACAAGUAUGACUACUGCAAUGCAAUUUGGCAAUACAAUUUUCUCUGUGAUCCUCUACAUUAUUCCUUCUGUGCCAUUCUAUAUAAUUGCCCAUGAAGAAUAUUAUACACAUGAGAUGAAUUUGCCAGUAAUCAAUGCAGCUUCAGAAGGCACAAUCAGUGUGGCAGUAGUCUUUGCAGCAACUGCCUAUUAUGGUAUUGAUCAACACUUAAUUAGGAUGCGACAUGUGGGUAUAAAAAUUGCCAUGGUUCUUUAAUUAUCAAAUCAACCAAUUUGUUAUGCUUAUGUUUAUUACUUCUCUUAUUAUAAUUAUGCCUGCUGUGUAAAAUAUAUACCUUAAACUAUUAGGUUCCUUAAGAUAAAAAAGUUUACUUCCAUCACUUCCUUAUUAAAGUAACUAAGAUAUUUUUUCUUAUUUAACAUUGUCAUUCUCUACAGCAUCAUAUUUUCUCAAAGUAAUGUGAUUUAAAAUCAUGUGAGAGCUUAUAUGUAUACUGUUGGAUUCACUAUGUCAAAAGCAGUUGGUGUAGUUGCUCUUAAUCAUGUCAGUAAUUAAAAAUUACCAGAAUAUUAAAAUUCAAUUUACAUCUAUGUUAUCAUAUUCCUAAAUACAAUUUCUGGAUAAAUAUUAGGAUAAACAAUUAUUAAUGAAGGAUUUUUAAUUUAAUUUGCUGCCACAGCAAGUUUUUUAAUUCAUAUUCAUUUUUUAUAUAAUGUAGCAAGAUAAAUAUCAGAAGCAUUAAACAUUAAAAUUUUUUAAAUCAAUUCAAUAAACAAAUGA